GACAGCUUUUGGGAGUCAGUUCUCUGCUUCCACCCUGAGUUCCGGGAUGGAACCCAGGCCUUUGGGCUUGCAUGACAGAACCCUUACCCGCAGAGCCAUCUUACUGGCCCAUGGUUCUGCUUCCUUUUCCAACUUGACCUGGCUUGACCUGGCCUGCCAGUAGGUGACCCUAGUCCCCUCGCCAUCCCUCCCCCUCCUCUCCAGCAGCCCUGGCAACUUGGCUCUCAUUGGCUACACGUUUCCUUGGAGACAGACACCAGCCAUCCAAACACAGAUCUGAGCUUCAGGAAAAAGAAUCUUCCUUCCCACCCCUGGGCUCCCUAGCAUGGAAGAACUGUUCAACUCCUCAAACCAGGCCUUCUGGGAGGAGCGAAUAAAGAAGGAGGUAGUUGCUCGGACCACCUGGAAUAUACGCUAUGGCCACAAGUACCUGAAAGAGGGGUCCAGGACCAGGAAGCAGUCCCGGCAGGCCCCUUGUGAGUCAGUCUUAAAAGCAGGCCCAGUGCCUGCCACUGGCUCCCCUGUCAGAAAAGAGGCACAAGCUGGACGGCUAGAGACCAAGGGGGUCCAGGACCAGCUGUUCAAGGCUGGCAGUGUCCAGGGAGACAUAGUGAGGAAGGCCAAAGGAGCCCAAGGCAGGCCAGAGGACUUAGAAAUGAGGCACCCUAGCCCAGCCACUCUGAAUCUGCUCUUCCAAGGCAUCUCCCAUGAUGGCCAGGGCCGGACCCUGUACCUCAAGGAGCGGAAUCGACUGAUGCCAGAGGAGAAGUACAAGUACCCAAUCGUGUCUUCCUGGGAGUAUGGCUGGCAUGUGGGUAAGACCAUUACAUUCUUGCCAUUCCAGGCUUUUGGCAGGCAGGACUGACCCUCCUCAGCCUCAUUCUUUACCACCUCCCUCCUGAUACAAAAACCAAACUAGCUCACCACCCUACAAGUAGACCAGGAGACUUCUUACCUGCACAUGGUACCUGGCCUGUUCCCUGAAACACACCCCACCUUCCUUUACCAGGCCUGACUACAUGGUACCUACCCUAGGGAGCCUUCCCAGAGUCUUUUAGGCAGAUUCACUGAACCCAUUUGGUACUUCUGCAGCUUGGUGAGUCUACAGAAGAAUGAGAACCACUAAGUCAGUAGUCUGCGUGCCCCUUUGGACUGGAAGGCCCUUUGUGUUCCAAGAUUUCCUGGUUAGUUUUUUUUCACAGCCUCUAGCUGCCUUCUUGGAACUGACACUGAAAUGACUAUGAAAUGAAUGAAUAUGGACAUGCCAAACAUGGUGGUGCACACUUGUAAUCCAAGCACUCAUGAGGCAGAGGCAGGAGAAUCAGGAGUUUAAGGUGAACUUCAGCUCUGUGAGGAGAUUGAUGUGAGCCAGGGCUACAUGAGACCCUGUCCAAAAAAAAAAAAAUCAAAACCUAAACUAAAUAUGAACAAGAAAGCAAGGCCUUUAUUUCAAAUGGGGAUGGGGACAUCUCAAAUCCUGGUUCUUCUGCUUCUGGAUGCCAUGAUCUCAUGAAAACAUCACUUCUCAGGGCCUUGGUUUCUAUGUCUGAAACUGGAAUAAGCAGGUACCUGUUUUCCUUCAUCACAGCAUUUUUGGGAAGUAGUAUGGAAAAAUACGUGGGACAGGUAUUCUGUUCACAAAAGCCGUGUGAGAUGUAAGCCCUGUGGAAUCCUUCUCUCAGGACAGCCCGUAUAGAGGAGAGCAGGGUUCUGCAUCUCAGCUCUCCCCUAAAAGGAGCAUGGGAACAAUCAGGCUCAGAAGGCAGAUUCAGCAUGAGCUGGAAGUCUGGUUUCUUUGUUCAUUCAAUGGAUUUUAUGGAGCAACUGAUACAUGCCAGGCCCUUUUUUGUCACUAGGGAUGAACCAGAGAGCAAAACAGACAUUGUUUCUGCCUGCAUGGAAGGCAGACAAGGCAUAGAUACAUACUGUAGGUGCAGGCAGCAGCCAUGUUGUGAGGGUUUGCGGGGUUUUGUUGUUUUUGUUUUGUUUUUUUAGCGGGGGUUCUUACUGGGCAUAGGAAUCAGUUGUCAAAGGUUGGGAAUGGGAUACAGGGCUUUGCACACAUAAUAGGCAAAUGCUCCAUGUUGAACCUUGGCCUGUUUCUGCACAUGUAACAAGCUCCCAGAUGCUGCUGGUGCUGCCUGUCUGUGAAUCACACUGACUGUCAAAACUGUGAGAGUAAGCGUUAACUCAGGAUAUGGGGAUCAGGACUGGGGGCUACCCUGGCAGACAGAAAUCAGGAAGGCCCACUACAGUCUUGUCCUGGGUAGUCAUUUUGCACUGUGCUCUUCUGAAAAGAACCUGAUGGCCUGUACUCAUGGAGAGCAUCUCAGUUAAGUGGCCAGUACCUCCUCUCCUCUGCCUCACAGGCCCAUGCUCACUGCCUGUGAAGGCACUGUAUUGGUAGAUUUUGCAAAUACACACACAGGAUACAAAGGCUCAUUUGAAUUCUAGGUAACAACUUUUUGUGUGAGUGUACAGUAAAUAUGGUAUGCACAUACUCUGAAGAUUAUUCAUGACAAUCUGCAGUUCAAAUGUGAUGGGGCAGCCUGUGCUUUACCUAGCAACCCAGACUUGAGAGUGUCAGUAACCAUGCUGGUAGCCUGAUUCUGAAUGUUCACUGGCCCCUAGGGUGAUGCUGGAUUGUAGCCAGAAGCAUACAUCAUCUGCUUAAGUCCAAAAUUGCUCCCAGAAUCUCUAGAAAAUUUCAUAAGCCUUUGGCCUCACAGCCUGAACCCAAUUCAGGUGUCACUUGGAGAACAGAUGACAGACCUUCUGCUAACUGAUACUGUCCCCUACCCUAAUUAUAAAUAGAGAGGGGCAGUUCAUCCCAUGGUGCAAAGAAGGCACAGGGAAGAGAGUUGGGACAUUGUCUGGGGCCCAGCUGGGUCAGUCAAAAAUUCCAUUAUAUAUAUAUAUAAAUGUUUAUAUAUGUAUAUAAAUAUAUAUAUACAACAACUGACUGAUAACUCACACGUAGUAAAGUGUUCAAUAAAGUGGUAACAAGCACUGUAUUUAUUAGUAGUAUUAUUAUUAAAUUAUGAUUAUUAUUACUGGUUCAACAGGCAGGGUUUGCAGUGGGGUCAUCUGAGGAGCUAGUUUGGCUUAGGGAGCCCCUAGAGAUCUUACCAUACAGUGGGAUAGUGGGACAGUCCUAACAGUGGCAGGAAUAUGAAGCAUUGUAAGUGAGCUCAGAGUUGGAAUUAACAGUUGGAAUGACUUAAGUGCUGGUCAAAAGAGAUCCUGAUCGGGUCCAGUACAAGGUCUUAAGGUUCCACAUGGUGCACACACUAGCCUUGAGUUCUGAGCAUCCUCAGGAAGGGGCCAGGGACAUUGAGAGGCUAUUCCUGAGUGACAUAAGAGUUGCCCCCAUAUAACAGCACAUCACUGCUGACCCCCAACCCUUUAGGUGGGGAAGUGCUAGCAGAUGAUGACCCCUUUUCAUCCAGGCCUCUGCUCUGUUCCAGGAGAUGCCAUGAAGAACUACAGGACUCCAGCUCAUGCCAAAACUCAUCCCAUCACAGAUUCAUUUUACAUCAAAAAUGGCAUUUUCCAUAUUCCACGGCGAUCAGACGACCUCAUGUGAACUUGGCUUGGAAAGGGCCUCGGUGGCUCCUUUUCCCUAUGAUCCAUCUGGACUAGCCAGGUAGGCCAGGCCUACCUCACUCCGUGUUCUGCUGAGCCCCGCUUCCUUGGCUGAGAGUGACGUGAAGAAGUGAUCACAGGCAUACACCUCUGGGGUGUACUGUUGGCCUAUGCUGGGCUCCAGUCUACACACGAGAACUCCACUCCUUACACAGCUGCCCCACCCUGCCGUCACUAGCAAUGCUGCUCCUUUUCCUGGAGAAGACAAUGAGAUGCAAGGCUGCAUCAGCAGGCCUGGACGGGGGAGGAAUUCGCUUAGCCCACAAGGUGCUAAGGAGAGCAACGAUCUCCUAUUGUUUAUUUCUCUACAUUGACUGAUGGGAUCUACAGCAGAGUUGCUCUGUCCCAGUGUAUCCUACAGUUCAGGGAAGGACUUGUCAUCUCCUCUGGCUGCUUCCCUGACUCCUGCAUCAGUCAGAGAUGCCCUGCCUCACACACUGCAACAAUCGGUCCCUAAGUUCCAACUAUUUAAACAAAUAAAGAUACAUUUCUUUUUUUUCUCUCCCCACCCCCCACUCAUUGAAGAUGCAUUUGUCCUACCAGAGUCUACUCUAAUGUUAAGUGGACAGCUUCCUAGGUACUCAUCUAGGGAGACACUGCCCUCAACUGGUGGCUCUGUCAAUUACUCAAACCUCAGAAUCCUUUUUAGAGUCCUCUGUGUCCAGUGGAAAAGGAAGAGAGAUAGGAAAUGUGGAGACACUGGAACCACAUGGGGUUUUCGUUAACUUGAUUUUUCUGAGAUAAGGGUUCAUGUAGACCUCAGGCUGACCUGGAACUCCUUGGUGCCAGACCUGACAGCAUACCCACUCUUAACUACCUUGGCCUUGGCCUGAUGUUUAUAGGCAUUACUACAUCUUACAUUCUAUUAGUGAGACCAAGUCAUGUGACUUCUAGGUGGUUGACAGCUGGAUUGUGUCCUAUCAUCAUGAACCCAGGAAGGAAUAAAGAGAAAGAACCUCUGAACAUCUAGCCCAUCUCUUCCAAACUGGCAUGUCCUUGGGGCUGUCCUACAAUCUAAAGUGUGUGCCCUCCUGUAAUAGUUUUCCUAAGCUAUGAAAAUCUAGGAGACCUCAAACAACAGAAAUUCACUGUAUCACCACUCUAGAGGCUGGAGGUCCAGAAUCAAGGAAUCCAUGGGGCCAUGCUCCCUUGUCUGGCGGAGGGGCCCCUUCUUGCCACCUUCAUGCCUCUCAUGGCUUGAGGGCAGGCUUGUGCUCUUUGACUUGUGACAGGACUGCUCUAAACUGCCUUCAGUGUCACACAGGCCAGCCUGGCCUAUCUCCACACCUCUAUUGUAUAAGGAUAUCAGACUUGUUGGACUAGGGCCCACACCACUCUAGAUGAUUUGACUUACUGUUUCCAAAUCAGGUGACACCACAAGACACAAGUUAGUGAGACUUCAUUAUUUUAACAAUUCAGCCUCCCACCCCUGCCCUCUGACAGCCAUCCUUACUAGGUCCAUUGUCAGAGCCAUCUUGAUGAAUCUUCCUCUUUGUGCUUGGAAAGCAUUCCCAAGCACAGUCCCAGACAUGGAAAUAGUGGUCCCAUGGAGUCCCAUCAGGUGCUGCUCUCUGCAGCACCUCAUUGCUUAGGAGACAUCCAUAUGUAGGGAGCCCAAACCCACACAGCUCUUUGCAAAUCCAAAAUGUUCACAGGUUUGCCUUAACUCAGGGCACUGCGGUGCUCUCUAUCCUAGACAAAAGGUCAGUCCCUCUGUCUGAACAGAGUGAAUUGGACAAACGAGUCUCUCAAGAGCCAGCUCUGGAGGAAUUCUCCAGGCUGUUACUAGUUUGCUCAUUAUCCUGAAAUCUCAGAGACAGCCAGACUACUUAAAAUAUUGAAUACAACUAACUUACCUGGUUUUCCCUAGUCAACCUUGACAAUGAUCUUGAGUGAGAGAUAGCAAAAGACAGACAGUGCGACCAAGGAGCACUGUGGAAAUGUGCCAUCUUGGAACUCACAGCAGCCUAAUGUGGCAGAGUUGCUGAACAAACACCUGCUGAAUUUA